UUCUAUGCUCUAUGGCCAGGCUAAGAUGACACGAUGCUACAUCGGAACUCUGGCGAGAACAAGACCGGAGCGAUGAUGAUACAGUCUCGUUCUCAUAGUUGUGGUGUGGCUGACGAGCCCUGCCCCUAGCCACACCAGCCACCAGCCACAUCUGCUUUCGCAUCAGGCAUACUAGUCUUCUUACUCUGUGAUAACUGUAGAUUGACUAUGACCAUGACAACGAUCAAAGCACGUCUCAUAUGCUGAGGCAAUAUCAUCCGGAAUGGUACUAUCUUCCUCAUAAUCUUCCAUAUGAAUUACCCAAGGAUUGCACCAGACAUAGCACUGGACGAGAAGAGCGAUACACCCAAAGUCUCAGAUGCAACCUCUAUCGCAGCCGCUGAUCCAAAUAUCGAUGCUCGCGAGGUCAAAGUGAAAGAGGUCCUCAAAGCUUGCGACUCAAAAGACCUUGGCGCUCUUGUACGCCACGCUACAAGCAAGUAUGGCUUCGUGAAAGACAACGUGCGUCGGGUCGCAUGGCAGCUACUGCUCGGAGAUCGAAAUAGUGCCUCACGCAAAAAACGGGAGUCUUGGAGCUCCUUGCCACCACACAAAGACGAAGACCAAGUCCAACUAGACGUCGACCGAUCCUUUGUAUAUUACCCCAAUGAUGAAAACACAGCCCAGAUCGAGCGCAGAAAACACGAUCUUUCCUACGUAAUCGUUGAUGUGCUGCGAAAACACCCCGACCUUUGUUAUUUUCAGGGCUAUCACGAUAUAGUACAAGUGAUACUUCUCGUCUUCGAUGACCGCAAUAUUGCUGCAUAUGUUGCCUCCCGCAUGUCUCUCCUCCGGAUCCGAGACUUCAUGCUUCCGUCAAUGACCGCUUCGAUAUCCCACCUUCGACUCCUGCCUCCUAUCCUGUAUACUGCCGAUCGCGAGCUAUACAACCAUGUUCAAGGUGCGCAGCCAUACUUUGCACUAGCUGCAACGUUGACAAUGUAUGCGCACGAUAUACAAGAGUACGGGGAUAUUGCUAGGCUAUUCGACUUCCUGAUUUCCCAGGAAGCGGUCAUGUCAAUAUAUUUAUAUGCAGCAAUAAUUCUCUCGCGCAGAGCGGAGCUUCUCGAAGUUCCUCAGGACGAUCCGCAGAUGCAACAUUUCAUUCUCUCAAAGCUCCCUCAACCUCUCGACCUCGAUGCCCUCAUAGCCCGCGCUGUUGAACUAUACAAGGCAUAUCCGCCAACAUCGCUUCCCUUCCGUGCAUGGGCCAAUGUGUCUCCGUAUAGUGUUCUGAAGACCACGACUGAACCACAAAAAAUAUGGUCCCAGACUGAUGAGGCUUGCAUGAGGAAUUUCACACAACACGCUGCUCAGGUUGCACGACAAGACGCACGCCAGAAGGCUCUGUCGAAGGCCAAGUAUAUGGCUUGGGCGUAUAGAAAGCCAGCCAGCGCCGUUGGACUUGCCAUCGUGGUCGGAGUAUUUGCACUUUGGCUCGGACGUAAUGGCAAUAGCAACAUGUUUACGCGCAGUCCACUGUUCGGAACAUUGGCGUACAAAGUACUUGGGGUUCGAUGAGCUUUGCGGAGAUUACCAGUCAACGAAGAGAAUCGAUGGUCAGAUCCAUCAUCGUAGGCUUGUGAGUGUUACGCGAGCUAUAAAGGACAAGCAUGAUGUCGCGAAAAAUCAAUGGCACACCGCUCACCGCCAAUGCACAACGCCACGCAUUUCGGAUGAGGAUAAGCGUAAUGUGGAGUGCGUUCAACGGCGGGAUCUAGGCUGCCGACGAGCAUAAAGUCUGGGGUAAGGUCUGCGUCGCAAAGUGAAGAAUGCGGAGUGUGAGGUGCAAGCAUCAGUGCGGGCAUUAGUAAUACCUUGAAUAUGCUGGUGCCCGCAAUCACACUGCCAACCUUUCAUCCAUACACGCGGAGAUCAGGGGGAGAUUGGAGUAUAUAGAAAUCAAACGACUAGAUGAAUACUCAAUGAGGGAGGGAUGGUACGUUUCCAACGUGAGUGUGAUAUUGGUAAAGUGUGUGUGAACAAGUUCUAUACGAGUCGG